UUUUCACGAAAGUGUGACUAUAGAUCUUUUGUGGCUGAAAUGGGAUUUAUCUUUAUAGUUUAUCGGGUCUCUAAACUAUCAUAUUACAAUUUUACUUACAUAUAGUUGCUUAGCAAAGACACUCUUUUAUGUAUCAAAUUUUAUUGUUUAAACAGUAUAAUUUAGUUACAAAUAACAAGAUUUUGUUAGUAUGUAAAAUUAUUUUUUAUGAUAGUGUUAUUAUGCUUCCGAUAAACUUUGUACAAGGAAGAUGUUUUUCUCUAUUUUUUUCCUAUUAUUCAUAGUGCUAAAUAUGAAAACUUUCUUUUCGAAAAUACAAUUUAUGAUUUAGUUCUACUUUUGUGACUGCCUUUCAGAGAAUAAUAAAGCUGUAAUUGAGGAUCAUACCAAUUGCAUGUGGAAUAAUCAAAUCAAAAGGUCCACAAGAGAUUAAUCUAAAAGCCAACUCAGCCAACCCCAUCAAACAAAUGUGCUUCCUUUUGUCACUAUUCGUUAUCUACCUGUCUUCUCACUGACUUCAAAUCAUUUUUAUACAUAUCAAGUGAUCAUAUCAUAUGUAUCUAAUAACCUCUGCGAUUCGGAAUCAGUAGCCACAGAAGGUUUCUUGCAGAGAAAACAACUGUUUUGAAACACUAAACCUCCAAAUCCUUGCUUCUCCCAGAUGCAGAGACACUUUCCUGCAUGAGAGAUGGAAACUGGAGUUGUCAUCACCCAAGAACCAGUGUUUACAAAGACAAGUGUGGAAGAAGCUCAUGCAGGAGUACUACUAGACCACUCAACCAUGGACGUAGAUAAAGUAAACCUGAGUACUGUUCUUGCUGAGGUUGUAAAUGGUUCAGGGAAUAAAGAAACCGAAGAAUCAAAACACGAAAAAGAAGAAGUGACGAAGACUAUUUCCGUUAGUAAGAUCGUCAAAGAGAAAGAAAGUGAGACAGAAACGGAUGAACAAGGCACAGUCUUUGUUCAUGAACCCAAAAACACAGAUGAUGCGAAGAUAAUCUUAACUGAUGCGACUUUAGAGAAGGGUAAAGAAGAUGAAACUACCCAAAAACAAGAAGAGGUAAGUGUCGAAAAUCCGGUAAUAGAAGAAGGUCAAACAGAAACCAAACACUCACAAAAAGAAGAGACGGAGAUCUCUAAGGCCAUUGAACAGAUACCGACAAAGACUGAUGAAGUAGAAGAAGAAAAAGAUUCAAUAACUGUUGAGACCUCUGUAAAUGGAACAGAGGCUGAGCACAAUGAAACCGUUUCAGUAGAAGAAAUCUCGAGGAAAGGUGAGAACAUUGCCAAAGAAACACCUGCGGAACAAGAUGAAACUGAGACAGUAAAUACAGUUGUAAAAGACCCUGAGAUCGUUAAUAAUGAAGAAACUACAGUUCAUGACCUGAAAGAGAAUGAAGACACAGUGGAAGCAAUCAAGAACUCAGAUGAUGAAGAGCAAGUCACACGUGAGGUGACUAGAGACAGAGAUAAGGAAGAUGACGUCAUCAUCCACAAAGAAGAAGAGGUGCAAGAAAGUCUUACGGUUCUCGAAACGCCUACAAUAGAGAUAAAGGACACUGAAUCCAAAGCUUCAAAGGAGAAUGAGGAACAUGAACAAGUGUUGGUGAGAGACAUACCACAAGACGAUACACUUGUACUUACAAAUGAGACUGUAAAUACUUCAACACUACAAGAAUCUGCAGUCUUGAAGACUUUGGAGACGAAGAGUGAUGAAACAGAUGCAGAACCGAGUCUUGACCUGAAAGAGGAAGAAGAGACCGUCACACCAUCUGAUGAGGUGCAAGAAACUAUUAACGUAGUAAUCGAACCGCCAAAACCCUCACCAGAACAAAGAUCCAAAGGUACUGAAGAAGAUGAACAUGUUUUGGGUAGAAACAUGCCACAGGGUGAAGCUGAGUCUCUGGUGACCAAAGAAGACAGAGAUCAAGAGAAAACAGACGAGUUUGAAGUUCCAAUAGAUCUUGCAAUGAAGGUAGAUAGAGAGGAGCUGAUGGAUGAGAAGAAAGAGGCAGAUCAAGCUGCUGGAGCGCAGAGUUUGGAGAGAGGUCUAGCAUUGAAUGAGUCAGGGGCAGAGGAAAUCCCCGUUAUAAAUGUAGAAUCAGGUGAGCAGAUGGAGAAGCCAUCUCUUGAGUCUCCUUCUAAAGUAUCAGAGGAAACAAGAAAAACCUUAGAUGAGCAGAUCAAAGAAAAACCUGAAGAAGAAGAAGAAGAAGUAGCACAACGUCAAGAAGGCGAAGAGGAAGGUUCUUAUGGAGCAGAGACAGUUCCAGUACCAGAAAGUAUUGAGCUUAAAGAAAAAGCCCAAGAAGAAAGGAUUCUUGAUCUGGCUCCUUUGCAAGAUGAAGAAAUUAAAUCUGAUGAAGUUUUACAAGUUUCAUCUGCAUCACCUGAAGGUGAGACCCUUGUUGAAUCCAAAAAGAUUGAAGUAAUAAAAGCCAAUGAGGAAGAAGACGAAGAAGAAGAAGUACCAGACAAGAUCCAAAGCAUUCUUCAGACAUUUGAUACCGAACCUGUAAAAUCUAAUGAAGAAACUACAGUUCAUGAAUCUCUAAGCUUAAAAGAUGAUGAUUCAGACCCAGUGGAAGCAAUCAAAAACUCAGAUGAUGCAGAGCAAGCCUCACAUGAGGUGACUGGAGACAGAGAAAAGGAAGAGGACAUCACCAUCCACAAAGCACAAGAGGUGCAAGAAAGUCUUACGGUUGUCGAAACGCCGACAAUUCAGGGUGAGGACAUUGAAUUGAAAGCUUCAAAAGAUAGUGAGGAACAUGAACAUGUGUUGGUGAGAGACAUACCAGAAGAGGAGACCCUUGUACCUAAAGCUGAGACUGUAAAUACUUCAACAGUACAUGAGUCUUCAGAACCAAGUCUUGACCUGAAAGAGCAAGAAGAAACCGUAAAGACUGUCACACCAUCUGAUGAGGUGCAAGAAAGUAUUACGUUAAUGGAACUGCCAAAACUCUCACCAGAACAAAUAUGUAAAGAUACUGAAGAAGGUGAACAUGUUUUGGGGAGUAGCAUGCCACAGGGUGAUAUGAUUAUAACUGAAGCUGAGUCUCUGGUGACCAAAGAAAACAAAGAGGCGAUUAUGGACCUGAAGGAACAAGAGAAAACAGAGAAACUUGAAGAAGUUACAUCAGAUCUUGCGUUGAAGGUAGAUAAAGAGAAGGUUAUGGAUGAGAAGAAAGAGGCAGAUGAAGUUGCUGGAGGUCGGAAUAUGGAGAGAGGUCUAGAAUUGAACGAGUCAGAGGCAGAGCUUGUUGAUCAAAACAUAACCGAAGAAACACAGGAAAAGUUGGUUGAGUCUCCUUCAGAGGAAACAAGGAAAACCUUAGACGAGAUGAUCCAAGAAAAACCAGAAGAAGAAGUAGCACCGCAUCAAGAAGCUGAAGAGAGAGUUUCAGUACCAGAAAGUAGAGAGGUUAAAGAAAAAGAAAAAGAAGAAAGGAGUCUUGAUCUGACUCCUUUGCAAGAAGAAUCAUGCUUGCCAACGGAGAAAAAUGAAGAAGAAAUAAAAGAGCAAAUCCACAAGCAUGAACCAGCAAAUGAAGCAGUCAAAUCUGAUGAAGUUAUACAAGUUUCAUAUGCAUCACCUGAAGGGGAGACCGUUGUUGAAGCCACAAAGAAUGAAGAACAAGUAGUAGCAGACAAGAUCCAAAGCAUUCUUGAGACUGUUGAAACAGUUGAUACCGAACCUGUAAAAUCCAAUGAAGAUGACAUAGCAGAGAGCUUAAACUCGGCUGGUGAAGAGAUACAGACAAUAAGCAAGGAUGGAGUGAAUGUACAAAUAGAUGAGACUGCUGAGACAUCUGUAAACGGAACAGAGGAUGAGCACAAUGCAACGGUUUUAGAAGAAGGGAUCUCAAAGAACAAAGAGAGCAUUGUCCCUGAAACAGCUUCAGAAGAAAUCAAAAACUCAGAUGAAGCAGAGGAAAACUCAGACAAAGAAAAAGAAGAGGACAUCACAACAAAAGAGAUGCAAGAAAGUCGGAAUCUUCUGUUACAAGAAGAGAACACUGAAUCAGAAUCUUCAAAAAAUACUAUUGAACAUGCACAUCUUCUGGUAAGGGAUGUGCCACAGAUUGAUACUCUUGUAACUGAGGCGGAGGAUGUAAACACUUCUUCAACUGUCCACAAGUUCGAAAGUAAUGAAGCUGAGGUAGUCCAAGAGACAAGAAAAUAUAUAGAACCGAAUUUUGACCUGAAAGAGGAUCAAGAAAAAGAGGAAAAAGAGACGGUCAUUUCACCUGAUAAGGUGAGACCUUCUGAUCAAGUUGAUGAUGAUGUUCAGACAGAAGAAUCUGUUGAGGUUAAAUCUAAGGAGACCCUUCAAGUCGAAAGCACUGAGGAGAAGCAUGAGAAUCUUCUUGAUGUACCAUCUGGAGAUUCAGAAAAACUCCAUCCCUCGACAGUCCUAGUAGCCGAGACAGAAAGCCAGGAUACAACUGAAGAGAUUCCAUCAGAACUUGUGUUGAAAGAGGAGCUUAAGGAUGACAAGACGGAGGUAGAUGGAACUCAAGUUAUGGGAGAACAGAGAGACCUAGAACCGCAUGAGCCAGAGGCAGAGCAAACUGAUCAAACCAAAACCGAUGAAAAGGUUCUUGUAGAAUCAGUUGAGAAGAUGCAGACUGCAUCUCUUGAGCUUACUUCUGAAGAAGAAGAAGUAACACUGCAACAAGAAGGUUCUUCUGUCUAUGGAUUAGAGAUAAAAGAAGAGGAGACACUUUCAGUAGCAGAAAGGAAGGAUGAAGAAUCAUGCCUGCCAAAAGAAACAACGUUGCAGCAAGAGUCAAAAGAGGAGUAUGAACCAACAAAUGACCAGCAGGGUCCUGUAAAAGAAAAAUCUGAUGAAAUUUUGAAAGUUUCAUCCGAGGAAGACGAAGGUGAGAUCAUUGUUGACGCCGUAAAGCUAGCAAAUGAAGAACAAGUAGUAGAAGAAAUCCAGAGAAGUCUUGAGCCUAAUGAGCCAGAGGAGCAAGAACAAGAAACUGUUUCUGAGACGACAGAAGAUGAAAAAGUGAAGAAGGAAGAACCUAUUGUCCAAACAUUAAGUGAGGAGGAUGCAAUAAAAAGCCAUUUGACUGAAGACGCAAAGAAAGGAGAUGAGGAGACAGAAGGGAGAGACACGCAACAAGGUGAGACCAUUGUAAAUGAAGCUGAGUCUGUAUAUACCUCAACAGUCCAAGAGGCUGCAGUAUCAAACACUUUGGAGACGAAUAUUAAUGAAUCAGAGGAAGUGCAUAGCCCAAUAAGUGGAGAAGGAGAAAGACAAGUGACAAAAGAAGACACAGAACCGAGAUUGGAUCUGAAAGAGGAUAAAGAACAAGAGGAAGCAGACACGGUCAUUUUAUCUGAUGAGGUAAGGAUACAAUCUCCAUACAUAUCUGAUGAGAGCCAGGGAAGAGAAGAUUCUGAUGAGGUCAAAUACAAGGAGAAGGAUGCAAAACUUCUUGAUUUACCAGCUGAAAAGAUGCAGAGGCCAUCCCUUGAAUCUCCUUCUGAACUAUCAGAGGAAACAAGCAAAACUUUUGAUGAGAAGAUCGAAGAAGAAGUAACUCUGCAUCAAGAAAAUGAAGAGAUAGUAACAGUUCGAGAAAGUAGUGAGCUUGAAGUACAAGCCAAGGAAGAAGAAGAAGAAUCAUGCCCAACAAAUGAGCAAAAAAGUGAAACGAAAGAGCAAAUGAGUGAAGAAGAUAGUACUAGUGCACAUCAGACUCCUGUCGAAGAAAAAUAUGAUCAAGCUUCAGCUGCACCACUUCCACAGGAACGGGAAGCAGAAAAGAUUGACGACAUGACAGAAAAUGAGGAAGAAAAAGUAGCAGAGGCUGUUGAACCUCAUAGUUCAAUUCUAUCACCUCCAGAGGAAGCUGAGAAGAUAGAAGAAGACGAAGAAGAAAAAGGGAAGGAGACAGAACCGAUGGGAGAUACUGGAACAGGAUCCUCUAAAAUGGUUGAAGAAGAGAAGCUGAAGCAAGACAAAGAGAUACUUCAAGCAGAAGAAGUUCCUUCUAGUGAAACACAAGUGAUGGCGGUUCAACUAAAAAGAGAAGAUAAUGCAACAACAACAACAGAAAGCCAUGAGGAAGAAGCAACGGUUGCACUACUGACAAGAGAUAUUGAAACUUCUUUGACUGAUAAAUUCUCUAUAGAUCAGGAGGAGGAGGAACAAGCCAACAAGGAAAGCCCCAGAGAUGAGCUGGAAGGAGAAACACAAACAAGAGAGCUUGAAGAAGAAAAUAUGGUUGAGAAGAAUGAUAAUGAGACUCUAAUUGCAGAGACAAAUAAAGAAAAUGAAGACAAAGCAGUGGGUUUAGAUGCUUCAAAGACAUGCACUAAGCAAGAAGAAGAGUUUGAGAAUCUUGAAACCCCAAAGGUAGAGGACAAGAGCCAGGAAAUUUCCGAAUCUAAGGGUGAUCAGACUCCUCCAUCCUUUAUUUCAGAACUAGAAGACCAAAUUCUAAAGCAAAUUGAGGAGAUUCAUGAAGAAGAAGAAAUAAAGGAAGCUCAACAAGUUGUGGUUGAUCAGACUUCAUCCUUAGUUGAAGAAGAAGAAACAAAGGAAUCACGCAAGGUAGAAGCUCCGAGUGUUCAGAAUCUUCCAGUUGAAGCAUCACAUGCACAUCAGACUGAUGAUAAAACUGAAAAACAGGUUGAGGAGGAGAUUCAUCAAGAAGAAACAAAACCAAAAGAAUCAGAUGAGACUUCAACUAAAGUCACAAAGGUAGAAGAUGAAGAAGAUACAAAGGAAACUGAUACCCAAGUGGCUGAUAUAGUGAAAGGACAAAGCUUAUCACAUGCUCCUGAAGAUGCAUGCCUGGAGCAGGAAGAGUUGAGGGACCUUGGAACUCUACAACCCGGUGCAGUUGUGGAAGAUCAAGAUUCUGCUGUGAACGAAAAUAGCUCAGAUGAAUUUACUUUCUCAAAUUCAAUAGGAGCGGCAGAGCAUGGAGAUGAGAAUAGCUCAACUCUUCUAGUUGUUGGAAUCUUGAAAGAACUCCAGACUACAUUGGAGGAGAAAGAGAGAGGAAUCAAUGUUUCUCAGGAGGGUUACUCAAGUGGGAAUGAUUUGAAUUCAAUCAAGGCAGAACCAGAAACCCUGGAGAAGAGUCUCGUCGUGGAGGCAACUCCAACUUCUGAGAUAAUAGAAGCAAACAUGUUUCAAGACAGCGCAAGCAGGGAGCUUGAAGUCAAUGUAGAAGAGCAACUCCAAGUAGAAACUAGAGAGAUUGCAGUGUGUAAGGAAGAAACUCCAGCUGAUUUGUCACUCACAGAAGUGUUACAUGGUGAGAAAAUUAUGAUUCCAUCAAAUCAAGAAGAAGGAAAGAAACAAGAAGACGUAAAUGCUUCAACAUCAGAAAAGAUAAGCCUACAAGAAGAAGCGCAUCCCAGAGAUUUUGAAGUCUCUAAGAAGGAGCACAGCGCAGAGGCUCAAGAAACUGUUAAAGAAGAUGAUCAAACUUUUGAUCAAGAGAUGAACGAGGUAUUAACAUCAGAGAAGAAAAUCACAGAGCCUCUUCUGAGUGUAGCUGAGAAAGAAUUAAAUGAAGAACAUGUUAAGUCUCAAGCCGUAUCAGAUGAUGAUACAAAGAGCAGUAAUGAGUUGGAUUUUCCUUCAGAACAAAUACCAAAGGAUCAAAGAGAAGAGGCUGAAGAAACGUCAUUUGAAGUCAAGAAGGUACCAGAAGAUAAAAAUGAGGACACUGCUGAUGCUUUGAUCACAAGCGAAAAAGUGCAGCUGCAAGAUCAGUCCAAGGAAAUUGGACAAGAGAAAGAGUCGACUGAUCUCAAAUAUGUCCAGGAAGAUCUUGAUGAUGAAAGAAAAGAUGAUGGCCAUGAUUCUCUUUUAGCACAUAAGAAAGAUUCAGACUUAAUAGAGGAGAAGAAGGAGGUUGAUUAUGUGAAGAGACAGCCGGAAGAUGCAAUCAAAUCCACAGAAGAGAAGAACAACAUGACUGAAAAAGUUGGCCAAGAAGCAACAAAAGAGAUCUAUCAAGAGGAGUGCAAGCAAGCAGAUACUGCAACUGAUAUCAAGGAAGAGAUCAAAGAAGAAGAGAAGGAAACAACAGAGGAUAGUUUGAACAGUAUGAAGAACACCGAUGAUGAAAUUAAAGAUUAUGGCCUUGAUUCAGUUGUAGCACAAAAGAAGGAAUCAGGCUCAAUAGAAGAGAAGAAGGAGGUUGAUUAUGUGAAGAAGGAGGUUGAUGAUGCAAUUAAACAUGGAGUUUCCACAGAAGAGAAGAACAAGAUGCCUGAAAAAAUUGGCCAGGAACCAACAAAAGAGAUCUAUCAAGAGGAGUGUAAGCAAACAGAUACUGUAACUGCUAUCAAGGAAGAUAUCAAAGAAGAAGAGAAGGAAACACCAGAGAAUUGUUUGAACAGUAUGAAGAACACCGAUGAUGCCACAGAAAAAACUCAACCAGAGAUUCAAGAGAUCGAGAAACUGUCUUCUGUCAGCGAAACACAAGACAAACCACCAAAGCAAGAAGAUGAAGUUCCAAGCCAACAGAAAAGGGAAAUAGCUGAUGAUGUUUCAAAGCUAGAGAAUCCAAAGAUUGCAGAAGAGAUGCAGCAAAAAGAUGGAGAAGAACCAGCUAGGAAGUCACUAUCAGACCUCAUCCAAAAAGUGAAAGUAACAGACAAGACCGAAGUUGCAACAACAGAACUUCGUAUCGACGAAGAGGCUAAGGCAGAGGGAGAAGAUGAGGAUGGAGAUGAACAUAAAGAUGAUAAAACAAGUCCAGAUUCCAUUGUGAUGGUUGAAGCUAAAGAUACAGCUAACAUCAUCAAAACUCAAAAGAAAUCACAUGGCAUUCUCUCUGGUGUUGGCUCAAAGGUCAAACAUUCAAUUUCAAAGGUGAAGAAAGCACUCACUGGAAAAUCUUCUCACACAACAAAGCCUUCAUCACCACAGUGAGAAAUCCAAAAAAAAACAACAAUAUCUAUAAUGGUUUCUGUAUAUUUUUCGUUUGUUGAUUGAUUUGAUUGGCUUUUGUGAAUAUUACAGAUUUGUUUGUGGGUUGUUCUUUUCAUAAUUUUUUUUCCAUAUAAAUUUUAGAAUGAACAGGUAUUAUUACA